AUGAGUCGCCCGCUGAACUGGCAGACAGUUUGCUGUUGCUUAGACAUCACCGACCACAAAGGCACAUUGACGCCGACGACGUUGAUCGUUGACCCGUCAGGAACAAAGGCAGUUUGCGUGAAGUUUCCAAUCGACACUGCCGUUCCGCAACUUUAUAUUCAGGCGGACAGAGCUGCGGACGACGACGACAGUUUCGUCACCGGCCUGAUGACCAGUCAAAAGCUGCAGCAUAUUCGUGGGCGCUUCCGGCAGGUCGACUGCGAAAGGCUCUGUGGAAUGAAUUUUCUACAUCAGCUGGAAAUGGUCCUCUCCCUGUUGUGA